UCCGGUGCUUGGAUCAAUAAAGAUCAAAACCUAGGAUCCGGUUGCUUUAGUGAAAAAGAGUUACAAUAACAACAAUGGAUUCCUCAAUAGCCCAGAAAACAUGGGAAUUAGAGAACAAUAUUCUGACAGUUGAAACACCAGACCCUUCGUCGGAUUCUAUAUUCUACUAUGACGAGGCGGCUCAAGCCAAGUUCCUGCAAGAGAAGCCUUGGGCCAAUGAUCCUCACUACUUCAAGCGCGUCAAGAUCUCUGCUCUGGCACUCCUCAAGAUGGUUGUCCACGCCCGAUCUGGUGGUACAAUAGAGGUGAUGGGGAUGAUGCAAGGGAAGACUGACGGCGACGCCAUCAUUGUCAUGGACGCCUUUGCUUUGCCUGUUGAAGGGACUGAGACUAGGGUUAACGCUCAAGCUGAUGCCUAUGAAUAUAUGGUCGACUAUUCCCAGACCAAUAAACAGGCUGGUCGUUUGGAAAAUGUUGUUGGAUGGUACCAUUCUCAUCCAGGCUAUGGAUGCUGGCUAUCUGGUAUUGAUGUUUCAACCCAAAUGCUGAACCAGCGGUUUCAGGAGCCCUUCCUGGCAGUUGUAAUCGAUCCAACAAGGACCGUUUCGGCUGGAAAAGUUGAGAUUGGAGCUUUCAGGACAUACCGUGAAGGAUAUACGCCUCCCGAUGACCCCAUCUCUGAAUAUCAGACAAUUCCUCUCAAUAAGAUUGAAGACUUUGGUGUGCACUGCAAACAGUACUAUCCAUUGGAUAUCACUUAUUUCAAGUCAUCUCUUGAUUGUCACCUCCUGGAUCUGUUAUGGAAUAAGUACUGGGUAAACACCCUUUCUUCUUCACCUCUCUUGGGUAAUGGAGAUUAUGUUGCCGGACAAAUUUCAGAUUUAGCUGAAAAGCUGGAGCAAGCAGAAAACCAAUUGGCUCACUCUCGCAUCGGCCCACUAGGACCCCCUAGAAAGAAGUUGCAGGAAGAUUCUCAGCUGGCUAAGAUUACUAGAGAUAGUGCAAAGAUAACUGUGGAGAGAGUCCAUGGUUUAAUGUCACAGGUCAUCAAGGACAUUCUUUUCAACUCAGUACGACAGUCAAACAGGUCCCAUAGUGAGCAAUCUGGUCCUGAGCCUAUGGUUGAAGCCUGAUCCUAACAUCCUGCAAGAUGAAAUGGUUACCUUGAACUUGAAAGACCAGUUUUUGCAAGAAGAAAAUACAUAUAUACGGGAUUCCAGGUUGUGCGGUGUUAGAAAUCGACUCCUUCAUGGCGGGGGUCAUCAUUGAUCCGUUGCAAACUAAGCUUUUUGCCAAAUUCUGUGUUAAUUUAUGCAUGUCGUGUAAUAAAUUUUGAUUCCAAGUUUGCAUACUAUGCCCGCAUCUAGUCUCUA